GCGCAUGCGCAGCUCCUCAUCGUUACGCAAGCAGCGUGUUGAGUGGCUUUCUACAGCAGACGCCAAAGUUUGGCUUGAGGAAAUCCUCAGGUAGCCACUUCAUACCAUUUUCCGCCUCUUCUGAUCGUUUCUGCGAUCGGACAGUGGCAUUUUACGUUCGAACUGGGGCAGUUUCCCGUGAGUUACCAACGUCGUGUGACCCCGAUUCGUUCUCACCGAGAAAAUGGCGACGACGGCGGCUGCCCUGCCGACGGUCCCGUCUCGGCGCAAGAGCGGCAGCAAGCGAUCUCCGGAAGACGUCGAGAAGGAUGGCCUGACACCUUCGAAGCGUGUUAAGGUUAAAGCAGAACCACCAAAGGAAGAUUCAUAUGAUGUCAUUCCACCAGAGGUACACGAGGUACAGACCAUUCCCAGUGCCAACACCGCUGCAGCAUCGAAAGGUGUUUCAGUCCUGGGCUGGUCCACGGAAGAACUAAACCAGCUAUUGCAAAACCUCGAAAAAUGUCUGCCAGCAAACGACACGGUGAAGUACACCACCAUGGUGGAGAAAGUAGACUGGGAGAAGGUUCGCUUUUCCACUUACUCAGCUGCUCAGUGCAAGGAAAAGUGGUCGCAGCUCAUGCAGAAGUUGCGGAGGUACCGUACCUUGACGGACCUAGUCACCGACGCCCACGCCUGGCUCCUUCAGCCCCUCGGCACUGGAGGUGGACGCCGUCAAAACAAUCCCGCACUUCCAAAGAAGCCACUCACCCCCUAUUUCCGAUUUUUUGUCGAGAAGAGAGCCAAGUACGCUCGCGAAAACCCCGAUUUGUCAAUGUCGCAGCUCUCCAAACUCCUGUCAUCCAAGUACCAGCAGCUUUCAGACAAGAAGAAGCAAAAGUACAAGGACAGCUAUGACAAGGAGAAAGUCCUCUAUGAUGCUGAAAUGAAAGAAUUCAAGAAAGAACAUCCUGAAGAAUUUCCUGAACCUGUAGCCAAGCCUCAGAAGGUACAGCAGCCACUGAAACCACAGCCACCUUUCAAGCUCUUUGCGGCUGAACGAAUGAAGCGCCCAGAAUUUGAAAAGAUGGAGAAGAAAGAAGUACAGGAGGAACUACGCAAGCAGUGGGCAAACCUGUCCGAUGGAAAGCGUCUCAAAUGGAUCCGUAGAGCAGUGCAGGCUCAGAACCAGUACCAGGAAGAAGUGGCUGAGUGUCCAGGCCUCAAACUGACCAACCCCAAGCCUAUCCUCAGCAAAGCAGAGCAGGAGUUCAAGGAUAAGUGUGAAGGAAAACCACAAAGGCCACCCAAUUCGGGCUACAGUCUGUUUUCCCGGAUUAUGUUGCGCCAGUUGAAGAACGUACCGGCCAAGGAGAAGAUGGCAGAGAUCUCUCGAUUGUGGAAGGCCCUGGCUACGGCGGAACGGGACGACUACAAUAAACAGGCAGUUAAGGCCAAUGCGAAGUACAAGGAGAAAUAUGCAACCUACCUCAGCAAUCUUCCAGAGGAGGAACGAAUCAAACUGGAGAACGAGGCCCUCGCUAAGAGCAGCGGCGGUAAGAAAACAGCAUCACCUGCUCAAGAGGUGAACGGGGUGACCGUUGGGGAUGAAAACCAGCCGCCGCAGAGCGAGCGGCCCAAGCCCAAGAAGCCCCUCUCCGCCAUGUUCUUCUUUCAACAAGAAAAGGUGGCACCGAUGCGUGAAAAGCACCCAGACAUGUCCAAGCAGGAAAUCAUGAGAUUGAUCGCGAGGGAAUUUUCCGAGCUCCCAGAUCGCAAGAAGGAAAAGUACCAGAAGAUGGCGGAGGAGGCAAAGCAGAAGGCACUCGAAGAGACAAAUGGCUGUAAGACGAAAGAAGAAAAGGCUGUUCCAGCACAUCCCUCCAAGAGACAGAAGCUCUACAAGGGGGAGCCAAAAAAGCCCCCACAGAGCGGCUAUGGUGUGUUCUCUACGGAGAUGCUGAGUCAGCUGGUGGACGUAGACCCCAAGUUACGUAUGGCUGAGAUUGCAAAACGUUGGAAUGCCAUGACUGAUGAGGGCAAGGAACACUACAAGAACAUGGUGCAAGAACUGCAGAGGAAGUACGCCAAAGAGCUCAGGAAGUUCCUUGAGAACCUGAGCCCAGAAGAAAGGCAGCAGUACGAAGAACUGCAGGCAAGGCUCAAGGACCAAAGAAAAGGAGGCACAGCAGCAACAAAAGUGGCAACGGCACCAAAGGCAAAAACAAAGGCGCAAGAGGCACCGGCACCACAGGAGGAAGCUUCGUCGUCGUCAUCGUCAGAGAGCAGCUCGGAAGAGGAGUCAUCUUCUGACGAAGAUGACGAAGUGGAAGAGAACGAGGAUGUGAGUGCAAAACAGAAGGUGCAGCAGAGGACCCAGCAGGAGUCUGAAGAAGACUCCGACUCAAGCAGUGAGGAGUCUGAAUCGUCCUCGGAAUCAUCCUCAAGUAGUGACGAAGAAGAGGAGGAGGAGAAGUCAAAGGGAGCAACUGCAGUGAUGCACAAGCAGGUAGCAGACAUGAAAAAAAAAGUUCCUGAAAAGAAGGCCCCGCCGACCAAGCAGGCAGCUGCGGACGAGAGCAGCAGCAGCGACAGCAGUAGUGAGAGCAGCGACGACGAUGACGACGACAAUGACUCGAGUGGCUCCGACUCCGACAGCAAAUAGCGUUCACCGGCGCACGAUAGGCGACAUGUCACAAAGACUCUGAUCAAGAGCAGUGUCCUGCCGUGGCGGUUCUGUUCUCAGUGAGGUUGUGUUCUCAUGUGACCAAGGAGUUUAUCCGUAUCUUUAGUGACAAUGCAAGAACGCAAGUGUUGGUGUACCACACAAGUUUUGUAUGUUUCGUUCCUCAAGAGGAGACUGAACAUGGACAUGUCCAUUCACGUUGCUGUGCCAUCUUGGGUUUUAGAACUUCGUUGUUCCAUUUUAUUCGUUAUUUGCACUCUUUCUUUCUUUCUUUUUUUUUUGUAUUGUCAUUUCAUCACAUAUGAGGGAAGAUACCAUAUUUGCUCGGUUCUAACCCCCCCACCCGAAUGUAACACGCAAGAAACGUAAGAAACUCCCGAAAAUACAAAAACUCACUAGACGAAAGCUCUACCACGUAGAUUUUGCACGCGUCUCCGGGACGCUGCUCGGGUCCACAAUUGAUGCAACGUUUUUCUCAGAAUUUCCGUUCUCUGACACAGCUCUAAUGUGCAUGUGAUUUUGAGUGCACAUUUUGUGAAAAAAAAAAAAAAAAUCUCGUUAGAACUGUGCAAAAAUGGUAUUCCAGUUAGCAGGCACUGUGGACUGGAAUCCCACUACAUAAGGAUCAUGUUCCUUUUUUUUUUUCUUUCUUUCUGUUACGUUACUGGUUUUGUUACUGGUGUUACAUUGCAGGGUCUGCUCAGAGUGCCUACGUUUCAUCAUCCAUGCAAAAAGCAGUCCAGAAACUCUGCGACUUAACAUUAACUCAUUCCUCAACACUUGCACCUGCAUCAUCGUAAUUCUCAUGCGACUCUGCCACUCUAGGUUCAUGUAGCUGCUUGCACACAAAGCGGAAGUCCACAGGUAGACCCCCUUAAUGUGCCUUUAAAAUAAAUAGUGUCUCGCUAAGUGCCACUUAACCCUAGGUACGAAUUAUUCGUGGAUGCACAGAAAAGGGAGUCUUCAGUUUGUAGCCUUUUUCCUGCGCCUGUCCUGCAUUAACAUCGUGGGGGAGGUGUUUUCCUGGUGUAUGCUAGUCUGUUUUUCACCACAGAAUAGUCACUUUGUAAUAAAAGUUUGAAAGCGAA